AUGAGAAGCAGCCGGAAGUGGGAUACAUGUGUUGACGCUCUCGCCGCAGUAAUUCAACCAGUAUGGACCUUGACCUUUGCUAUACCACACGGGGUGCUCUCUUUCAUAGGCAUCCUUUCAGACUUUCAGGAGUUUGUAGACAUCGGAGCCGAAGAGGAGCCGUUUACCCCAUCGCUUGAACUAAGAACCUUAUCUCGGAAUGGUCGAAUCGCAAUUUCACACUCAUCCAACUCCCGUCAUUCCAGAAACUUGCCCAGCAACAUCAACUCCAAAGUGAAAGGAGAGAGCCAUCAAGAUAUCAAAAUGUCAGCUCCAAUGCAGGAUCCAGGCGAGAAGUCUCUCUCAAAGUUGCUUGCGACCCUGACCACAAUUCUCCACCCCACGACAUUUGUCUUCGCGACGCUCAAAGACGAAGCACACGCGCCGCCAAUGUCGGAGGUCCAACUCUUCUUUCGCGAAUCAGAAGGUAUUACAGUCAUCACAAGCCUCUAUUGCGCCAAGCUACAUAAUCUGGAGUACUUCUUCCCGUGUAAGAUGAUUACUCUCAAUGUUACUUCGAGUUUGGAGGCGGUGGGGUUCAUGGCGGUUAUUGCGACGAGGUUAGCGACCAAGGAAAUGGGUGUUAAUCCAGUUAGUGGAUUCUAUCAUGACCAUUUGUUUGUUCCGCUUGGGAGGGAACACGAGGCGAUUGAGACGCUGGCCGAGUUGGCGGAGGAGAAGAAGAGGGAAGCUGGCUUGUAG